AUGCUGCAUCUUCAACCCUUUACGACUGUUACUGGAGGUGCUUUAGGCGUGGAUUUAGAAGCAGAAAAAUUAGCUAGAGAUCAUGGAUUAGCUGUAGACAUUCUUAUUCCUCCUUGUCACCCGAUAAGCAAGUCACUUCGACCCUUAAGCCGUGCCGAACUCGCUGAAGCUAUUCGAGCUACACUCAAAGCAGCUUUUUGUCUCAACAAAGAGCUAGAAAGUCUCAUCAGUGUGCAAUACGUUCAUCGCAACUAUCAUGUCGUCAAGAAAUCAGAUUUGACUUUGGCGUUAGGCCGUUUUCAAGCGACGAGUAAUAUGAUUCAUGGUAGAACCGUUUGGGCCGUCGAGUUUGCUAAACUGAUGAAAAAGAUUCUCUAUGUCUACGAUCAGAUAUAUAUGUGGUUCUGGUACCGUCAUGACCAAGAUUUGUUUUGUUCCUCUGAU